GCAUCCCGCACCCGCACCGCCUGCCACCAAGAACACCAAGCCCACAAAGCUCACCAAGAAGCAGCGCCAGAAGCAGAAGCGCGCAGACGUCGCCGCCAUCUCGGACAACGACGACGACGACGACGAGCCCGCCCUCACCACCUCGGCCGCCGACCCGGACGGCCCCAAGAUGGACAAGGGCUUCGUCUUCGACAACUUUGGCGGCGGCUUUGUCGGCAGGGACCGCAACAGCGUCUGGGACUCGGGCGAGGCCUACAUCCAGAAGCGGCCCAACGCCAUGCCCCGAGUGACCGUCGACGAGAUCAUUGCCCGUCGCGCACCCGAGCGCGCCGCCGCCAAGGCCGCCGCCGAGGCCCAGGCGCUCCUCGACGACGAUGACGACGACGACGAGCUCGACGCCGACGACGACGAGAUGGCCGACAGCGACGUCGAGAAGGAGAUGCUCGCCCAGCUCGAGGGCGGCGAGCUCGACUUUGAGGGCAUCGACGACGACUCGGACGCGUCGGGAGACGGCGAGAGCGAGGGCGAGGGUGGCGAAGGCAGUGACGACGAGCAGGAGCAGGACGAGUCGGCGGCCGACGAGGACGAGGACGCGGUCGAGGCGCACGAGCCGCCCCUCGCCUUUACGUCGCUCCCGUCGUGCACCCUCUCGCGCCCGCUCCUCCUCGCCCUCCAGUCGCUGUCCCUCACGGUCCCGACGCCGAUCCAGGCCGAGUGCAUCCCGCUCGCCAUGCUCGGCAAGGACAUUGUCGCGUCGUCGGCGACGGGCUCGGGCAAGACGGUCGCGUUCUGGGUCGGCGUCCUCGAGCGCUUGCUCCACCGCGACCGCAAGAACCCGAUGACGCGCGUCGUCGUCAUGACCCCGACGCGUGAGCUCGCCGUCCAGGUCCACGGUGUCGGGAGGGCCCUCGCGAGGUACACGGACGUGUCCUUCUGUCUCUGCGUCGGUGGCCUGUCGCUCAAGGUGCAGGAGGCCGAGCUCAAGACGCGCCCCGACAUCGUCGUCUCGACGCCGGGUCGCCUCAUCGACCACGUCCGCAACACGCCCUGCUUCACGAUGGACGGCGUCGAGGUCCUCGUGCUCGACGAGGCCGACCGCAUGCUCGAGGAGGGUUUCCGCGACGAGCUCGAGGAGAUCAUCGGCGCCGCGCCGCGCUCGCGCCAGACGCUCCUGUUCUCGGCGACUGUCACCGAGAGCAUCCAGCAGCUCACGCGCCUGUCGAUGAACAAGCCCGUGCGCGUCAAGAUCGACGAGAUGGGCGCCGCCGCAAAGGGCCUCGAGCAAGAGUUCCUUCGCGUGCGAGGCGACCGCGCCGGCGAGUCGAUCGAGCUCAACUCGCGUUCGGGCGAGCGCCACCGCGAGGCGCUCCUCGUCGCGCUGUGCACCCGGUCUUUCUCGACGGGCCGCACCAUCAUCUUCUUCCGGUCCAAGGCGCAGGCGCACCGCACCAAGAUCCUGUUCUCGCUGUUUGGGCACGGGCUCGAGCGCAGCGACGAGCUGCACGGCGACUUGACGCAGGAGCAGCGCCUGAGCAGCCUCAAGCGGUUCAGGGAGGGCGAGAUCGGCUUCCUGUUGGCGACCGACUUGGCGUCCCGAGGACUCGACAUCAAGGGCAUCGAGAACGUCAUCAACUACGAGAUGCCCAAGUCGAUCGAGAUCUACCUGCAUCGCGUCGGUCGUACCGCUCGUGCGGGUCGCAAGGGCCGCGCGCUCACGCUCGUCGGCGAGUCGGACCGCAAGCUCGUCAAGCUCGCCAUGAAGCACGCCCCGCCCGAGUCGGUCAAGCAGCGCUCGCUCCCCGCCGAGGCCGUCGCCGUCGCGCACAAGACGCUCCGCGAGCUCGAGCCCGAGGUCAAGGCCGUGUACCAGGAGGAGCGCGAGGAGAAGGAGUUCCGCCGCGGCAACAUGGAGCUCACCAAGGCGAGCAACCUGCUCGAGCACGAGGCCGAGAUCAAGUCGAGGCCGGCGCGCACCUGGUUCCAGUCGCAGACGCAGAAGGACGCGGCCAAGAAGCUCGGCAAGGACGAGCACAACAGCAAGUUCUCCGAGAAGGAGCGCAAGAAGCGCCCGCACGCCGCCGACGAGGAGGAGGUCCUGUCCAAGCCGCCCAAGCGCACGCCCUUCUCCGGCCUGUCUCGGCGCGACAAGCGUCGCAAGCUCGCCAACAUGGAGGACGAGGAGGACGCGCAGCGCGACAUGGGCCUCUCGGCGCGCGCGGCCAAGAAGGCGCAGCGCCCGACCAAGAUCCUCCAGGCCAAGCCCGAGCGCGAGCCGCGCAACGAGGUCGGCAAGAAGAAGGCCAAGAAGGCCAAGGGCAGCGUGUUUGACCGCGAGAGCGGCAUCGCUGGCGACGGGCCUUCGGCGGCGGGCGGCGGCAGCGGCAAGGGCGGCGAGAAGCGGGCGGGCAAGCGCGAGCGCGAGGCGAUGAAGGGCGGCGCGAGCGGCGUCAAGAACAAGCUGAGCAAGAUGGGCCCGAAGAAGCGGUGAGCGCGCGGCGGCGAGGAGGAGGAGGUCUCGAGGGAGGGAGUUGGCGACGAGGAGAGGUCCGAGGUUCCCGUGUUGUAACUCGCUGCGUCGCUCUCU